AGUAGUAGUAGUAGUAGUAGUAGUAGUAGUAGUAGUAGUAGUAGUAGUAGUAGUAGUAGUAGUAGUAGUAGUAGUAGUAGUAGUAGUAGUAGUAGUAGUAGUAGUAGUAGUAGUAGUAGUAGUAGUAGUAGUAGUAGUAGUAGUAGUAGUAGUAGUAGUAGUAGUAGUAGUAGUAGUAGUAGUAGUAGUAGUAGUAGUAGUAGUAGUAGUAGUAGUAGUAGUAGUAGUAGUAGUAGUAGUAGUAGUAGUAGUAGUAGUAGUAGUAGUAGUAGUAGUAGUAGUAGUAGUAGUAGUAGUAGUAGUAGUAGUAGUAGUAGUAGUAGUAGUAGUAGUAGUAGUAGUAGUAGUAGUAGUAGUAGUAGUAGUAGUAGUAGUAGUAGUAGUAGUAGUAGUAGUAGUAGUAGUAGUAGUAGUAGUAGUAGUAGUAGUAGUAGUAGUAGUAGUAGUAGUAGUAGUAGUAGUAGUAGUAGUAGUAGUAGUAGUAGUAGUAGUAGUAGUAGUAGUAGUAGUAGUAGUAGUAGUAGUAGUAGUAGUAGUAGUAGUAGUAGUAGUAGUAGUAGUAGUAGUAGUAGUAGUAGUAGUAGUAGUAGUAGUAGUAGUAGUAGUAGUAGUAGUAGUAGUAGUAGUAGUAGUAGUAGUAGUAGUAGUAGUAGUAGUAGUAGUAGUAGUAGUAGUAGUAGUAGUAGUAGUAGUAGUAGUAGUAGUAGUAGUAGUAGUAGUAGUAGUAGUAGUAGUAGUAGUAGUAGUAGUAGUAGUAGUAGUAGUAGUAGUAGUAGUAGUAGUAGUAGUAGUAGUAGUAGUAGUAGUAGUAGUAGUAGUAGUAGUAGUAGUAGUAGUAGUAGUAGUAGUAGUAGUAGUAGUAGUAGUAGUAGUAGUAGUAGUAGUAGUAGUAGUAGUAGUAGUAGUAGUAGUAGUAGUAGUAGUAGUAGUAGUAGUAGUAGUAGUAGUAGUAGUAGUAGUAGUAGUAGUAGUAGUAGUAGUAGUAGUAGUAGUAGUAGUAGUAGUAGUAGUAGUAGUAGUAGUAGUAGUAGUAGUAGUAGUAGUAGUAGUAGUAGUAGUAGUAGUAGUAGUAGUAGUAGUAGUAGUAGUAGUAGUAGUAGUAGUAGUAGUAGUAGUAGUAGUAGUAGUAGUAGUAGUAGUAGUAGUAGUAGUAGUAGUAGUAGUAGUAGUAGUAGUAGUAGUAGUAGUAGUAGUAGUAGUAGUAGUAGUAGUAGUAGUAGUAGUAGUAGUAGUAGUAGUAGUAGUAGUAGUAGUAGUAGUAGUAGUAGUAGUAGUAGUAGUAGUAGUAGUAGUAGUAGUAGUAGUAGUAGUAGUAGUAGUAGUAGUAGUAGUAGUAGUAGUAGUAGUAGUAGUAGUAGUAGUAGUAGUAGUAGUAGUAGUAGUAGUAGUAGUAGUAGUAGUAGUAGUAGUAGUAGUAGUAGUAGUAGUAGUAGUAGUAGUAGUAGUAGUAGUAGUAGUAGUAGUAGUAGUAGUAGUAGUAGUAGUAGUAGUAGUAGUAGUAGUAGUAGUAGUAGUAGUAGUAGUAGUAGUAGUACAUGUGGCACAUACGUGUCUACUUUGGACUAA